AUGGCUAAUGCUGGAAUCACGAAAUCACAAAAGCCUAAACGGAAGGGCCGAUCCCGGCCUCUGCCACCUGAUGUUACGGCUCGGAACCUGGCAAUCGAGAAACAACGUCGUGGUGAAAUGAACGAAAACUUUCUGGAAUUGGCGCGUAUGCUUCCCAAUAUUGCUGCCGCGCGACGUCUCACAAAGGUGCUCAUCGUGAAUAAGACUAUCGAGCACGUGCGACAACAACGUGAAAUCUGUCUGGCAGCAGAUCGGGAUAUGCAAGAAUUAGUUGCAGAGAAUAGUCGCCUGAUAUCAGAGGUCAAUUGCUUGCGUGCUCAAGUAGGAGGACCAGCAGCGCCCGUAGUUCAACCCAAGCCUGCGACAGAAGCCAUGAAGCAAUUGGCAGAGACCAAGAAUCAUGUCUUCGGGACAUUUUCAGCGGGGUUUGGUGAUAAAUGGGUCGAGAAAGCUUCCCAAGCUCAUGUCCAGACAGGAGCGAGGAACAAUGUCUAUGAUAUUCCUGUUGGUGACCUUGACAAAACCUCUGUGCAGCAAACUGCUUCCAUUAUUUCACCAACGAAUAUCCAGCCCAGAACCGAGACAAUUUUACACAACGAGUCAUUCGGAACUGUAUACCAGCAGCCCGACAUCAGUCUCGACCCAAACCUCGAUACAACAAACGAAGCGCCACUCUUGUCGUCGUUUAAUCCCACUGUGAUAGGCAAUUCACAUCUCCCUGAUCAAUUGUUAACCAACGGAUCUUAUACAGGUGGGACAAUUCCAGCAGAUCAGGCUUAUUGGUUUGCGGGAAUGGAUGUGGGCAUCCCAUUGCAGCAGUUUCAGGGCGAGAAUGGGGAUAUGCUUGGUUGUAUAUAA